GUGUUUUUUAUGAAUUCGCAUUAGUCUACAGAGUAAAGUGGUUAACGUCACCAAAUCGCUCUCAGACACCUUCAGUUAACGACUGUUAGCUUCCGUCAUUGGAGGUUGCAACAGCUGAGUGGUGCUUCGAGCUAAUGCAUGUCAGUAUGGCUGCAAUGGAAGAUUUUUUACUAUAUCCCCCGAAUGUAACAUCUCUGCUCGUCACAGUUGUGAUCCUACUUGCUUUCUAUCUAAUCUGCACCAUCCUUGCUUCUGAGAGAAAUUACCCUCCAGGUCCCACGCCACUGCCGCUGUUUGGCAAUUUGCUACAGUUGAAUCGUCAGCCGCUUCACAUUGCGCUCUAUGAGCUGUCCAAGAAGUAUGGCCCAGUAUUCACUGUCCAUUUGGGGCCCAAAAAGACAGUGGUGCUGGCAGGUUACAAGACGAUCAAGCAAGCUCUGCUGAAUGUUGAUGCCUUUUCAGACAAGGAAGUACUUCCAAUUAUUAGUGACUUAAAAUUAACUCAUGGAAUUGUUUUUGCCAGUGGGGAUUCAUGGAGAGAGAUGAGGCAUUUUGCAUUAACAAACUUAAAAGAGUUUGGAAUGGGAAAAACAGCAAUCGAAGAAAAAAUCAUAGAGGAGUCUGAGUGCCUGAUUGAAGUAUUUGAAGAAAAAAAAGGUAAAGCCUUUGACACUGCUGAGGCUGUGAGCUCUGCUGUUUCCAAUAUCAUCUGUUCGAUUGUUUAUGGUAAAAGAUUUGAAUAUGAUGACCCAGAGUUCAGAGUGAUGUUGAGUCGAGCUAUUAGGAAUACUCAACUCCUCGGCUCUGCUUCAGUGCAGUUAUAUAACUACUUUCCAAUGCUGUUCAGUUGGGUUAAAGCCCGCAAAGAGCUGAUAGAGAACGCCUUUGCUAAUAGAAGACAGAUAGCAGCAUUGAUCAAAGGCUUAGAGGACACCCUUGAUCCACAGAUGUGCAGAGGUUUGGUGGAUGCAUUUCUCGCUCGGAAGAUUCAGCUUGAGGCAUCUGGAAAUAUUGAUAAAAAUAUAAGUUCUCACUAUCAUGAAGACAACCUACUGAUUACUGUUGUCAACCUAUUUACUGCUGGCUCAGAAACUACAUCUACUACUAUAAGAUAUGGCUUAAUGUUCAUGGCCAAGUACCCUGAAAUACAAGACAAAGUCCAGGAGGAACUGGAUCAGGUAGUAGGAAAUCGCCAGGUCCGAGUGGGAGACAGAAAGAGCCUGCCGUUCACUGACGCUGUCAUCCAUGAAAUACAAAGACUGAUUAAUACUACGCCUUUUAUUGUACGUUGCGUUUCACAAGAUGUCACCUUUCAGUCCUACUUCAUCAAGAAGGGAACCCCAGUGAUUGGUGUGCUUUCAUCAGCUCACUGGGAUGAGAAUAACUGGGAAAAGAGUUCCGCUUUUAAUCCAGCCCAUUUCCUGGAUGAGAAAGGCAAUUUUAGAAGGAGAGAGGCUUUUAUCCCAUUCUCUGUAGGGUCGAGGGUUUGUGCUGGAGAGAGUCUGGCCAAGAUGGAGCUUUUCCUUUUCUUUGCCUCCCUCCUCCAGCGCUUUCGAUUCACUCCCCCACCUGGAAUGACUGGAGAUGACUUGGAUCUGACACCAGUUGUAGGCUUCACCCUCACCCCUUUACCUCAUAAGCUCUGUGCCAUCAGCAGAGUUUGAAGAUUAAAAGUGUAGAACAGACAAAUGGUGUUUUUCUUUAACCAUUUUGGUUACACAAAACCACAAAGAACAAGCUGUUGGAGUUUGAUCUGCUUGUUCUUAUGAAAAGGUAUUGUUGUCAUCGUUAAAGCCUUAACCCUGAUUAAAACCAUGUUUGACACUGUUUUUGAACACACCUAUGAUAAAUCGCCUGAGUGGAGUUCUUAAAAUUUGGCUACAAACACCAUGAAAUCAAGGAUGAAUUAAUUUGAUUUUGGUGGUCAAAAGCCACUGUAACCUCACAAAACAUUUUUGGCAAUAUAUCAAGAAUUCAAUCAAGAAGCAAGGAUGUUUAUAUUAUCCCUAAAGGACAAUUUGUUGUUCAGACAGCAGAAAUCACACAACCAUCAAGCAAAAUGCAAUAAAUGUACAAAAAAGCAGGAGUAAGAGCAUAGCAUUGUAUUCAAAAGACCAGUCGCAGCAGGGACAUUGACUUUUUCAGUGUAUUUGUCCUGGAUGUUGCACAUACAAUGUUUGCAGUUAGGUGGAAGCAAUGUAAAUCUGUCCUAACUUCAAAUUCCUAAUCUUAUGCGUACAGCUCAGAAAGGUCAUUCAGGGUCAUACCUACAAUUCUGCGAUAUCUAGACAGCAAAUGGGAGCAUAUUUAAAAUAUUUGUUUAAUUUGACACAUUUUACUGCAUCUAUUUCUACUUUCUUUUAAUUUUUCUCUCUUAGCUUUUCAGGUUGACCUUUUUUCCAUGUGUAUCAAUCAAUUCAUCCGCACUGAACUCUGUUCAACAAGAUACAUGAGCGCACGGUGAAGGUAGUGGAGGGGCCCAUAUUUGCAUUGGCCCAGCAGGCAAAUGCCAGAUUACCAGCCCUGGGUUCAGUGACGCUGUACUAGCUGAUCAAAGAGAUAAUAAUGCCACUCCCCUCAGCUGAGCUGUAAUGGUGGCUAGCUGUAUCCCUCUGCUGGUCUGGAGAUGUACAGUUGUGGUCAGAAAUGCACAUACGCUCGUCAUGAGGACAAAUGUCAUGGUAAAUUUCAGGUUUUGCAGAUUUCUUUAAACUUCUUUUAUACAUUAUUAUGAAUUAUUGUCAAUUUUCUCUAAUCCACACGGGGUCAAAUAUAUACAUAUAACCCCACUAAUAUUUAGUUAAAUAUUCCUCACGAAGCUCUAUUUCAACCAGAUGCUUUUGGUCGUCAUCAGCAGACCUCUGGCAUAAAUGUUGCUGGAUAUUUGACCACUCUUCUUUGGUAGAAGUAACUUUAAAUGAUUGAACUGGUUAAAUUGCUGCAUCCGUCUUUUUCUGCUCAUCUAAUUCAGGGUUACAGGGGCUGGAGCCUAUUCUAGAUGCCAUAGGGCGAGAAGCAGGGUACGUCCUGUACAGAGAGAGAUUUACGCUCACACGCACACCUACGGUCUUGACCUGCUGGCAGAUUAGAACCCAGGACCUUAUUGCUGUGAGGCAGCAGUACUAGUCACUGUGUGGCAUCCAUACCUCGCCAUUGUCGACAAAUGACUUCAUUUUUGUCUCAUCUGAUCCUAAAGCCUUUCUCCAGAAGACAUUUGGCUUGUCCAUGUGGGCAGCUGUAAA